AUGGUCAAACAAAGGGGUACUGCCAGAGCAGGGAAAAGGUACAGAUACUCUUCUUUCAAAGACAAAAUUGAUGAUCUACGAAUUGAACCGUUAAGAAAUUUACAAAAACGUGUUGAUGAUGAUUCUGUAGAGUCAAGUCAUUUCUUGACCUCUUUUGAGCAAUGGAAGGAGAGAAACUUGAGUGCUGGCUUUACUAAGUUUGGUGAAGAAGUUGACGGAAUGAUACAGACCUUACCACAGCUUAUUUAUCACGAGGAAAAGAUUUUAGAAACAUUAUUAAAAUAUAUCGAUAAACAUGAGGAGACAUCUUUACAGCCUUUAUUGGAUUUGUUGGCGCAGUUUUGCCACGACAUUGGUCCUGAUUUUUUACAGUUUUACGAAAAAGUUCUUAUUUCGUUAAUAGGCCUGUUGGAUGAAGCAAAAAUACUGGAUUCAGCAGAAAUUUUCGAAUGGGGUUUUAAUUGUUUAGCUUACAUUUUCAAGUACCUCUCAAAGUACUUGACUAAAGAUCUAGUACCGACUUUCAGUUUGCUCUUCCCGCUAUUAUCUCAUUCAAAAGAAUAUAUUUCAAGAUUUUCGGCUGAGGCUUUAUCUUUUUUGAUUCGCAAAUCCUCAUCCAAAAGUCUUAAGUGUUUCGUUUCAUAUUCAUUUGACCGUUUACAGAAUGAAGACUCUGAAUCUUUCUAUGAAGGUUUACUGACACUAUUUUCUGAAUCCCUUCUUUCUACGGCAGAAGCAUUACACUCCAAGUCCAGAAUGAUCCUGAAUAUUCUUCUGAACUCUGUUCUAGAGGAGGGAAAUACUGGUACUACCGCUGAUUUAUUCUGCGAUAUAUGGAUUAGAAUUGCUAAUCACGCAUCCCAAGGCAAUUUGGCACCUCUCUAUAAAGAUAUCACUGCGGAACUUGCUCUUAACUUAGCAGAUGAAAAGCAUGAGAGAAUCGUGCACAUUCUGUCAACUUUAGUAUUUUCAGAGAGUGGAAGAAAAGUUGACUCUUGGUCAGAUAUUAUGUCAAUAACCACCAAGCUGAUUUCACAAGAGAGUAGUAGUAUCAAUCCACACGCAAUUGCAUUUUUGCUAGCGGCUUUAAUGCGUAAUUGUGAUGUUAAACAUCUAACCGUCUACCACAGGAGCUUUUUUGAGUACUUUUUAGCCGCGCAUCCGGAUCAUUUUAUCAAUUUUUUCAAAGCGACAUUAGGUUUCACAACUGAACGAUUACUCACUUACAAUGGCAGCAAGUAUUUACAAAAAUAUAUUGAUUCGCAUUGGGCGACAAAUGGGAAGAAAAUAGCUCUAUUCUUGUUGGACAUGCAAGGGACGCCUUCCAUUUCCAACAGAUUUACAAUAUCUAUUCCAAACAAAUUUCGCGAGGCGGCUUUAACUAGCUUGGGAUCCCUCUCAUCAAUAGUUUCUCAUGAUACUCUUCUCGAAAUGCAGUGGAAUAUCAUUAUAUUGAAGCACUCAUCUUUGUUGGCAGAUCCAAAGAUAUCUAGAGUCACGAGUCAUUUAGUGAGGCUUUUUUUGGCACAAAAGAGCUUUAAUGACUUUGAAAAAGACAUUUUAGGCUCACUACUAGAAGUCACUUUUUUUAGAACUCAUGAGGAGUUCGUUGGCUGCGUCAAAGCUAUUCUAGAUAGACUCAAAAGUCUUCAAGACAGCUUAUUUUUUGUAAAUGGUUUGAACAGUCUUUUAAGCACCGUGAAAGGGACAAGUGAAUUGGAAGAGAUAUUCAGAUGCAGAAAAGUUGAGUUAUGUUUAUCUGAUAAUCUACUAUUACCGGAGACAAAGAUCCGCAACGGAACAUUUGAGUUGCUGAAGACAGUAUUUAAAUUCCAAAAUAAGGAAUUUCCAGAGGUUCUGAAAUCAUCUCAGAUCAUUGAACAAAUCCCUUUGACGCUUGAAAAUGCUCGUGAUAUUACUACCAGAAUCAGAAGCAUAGAAUCUCAAUACUACAAAUAUGAGUCUGAUAUGAUUGUCAAUAACAUAUUGUUCAAGCAUUUGUUUGGUCUGUUGACAGUACGGUUUUCGCCCGUCUGGGAAGGAAUAUAUGAAGUCAUUCCUAAGAUGUAUAGCAAGGAUCAAGGUCUUGUCUGGGAAUUGCUCAUGCACACGUUAAGAUAUCCAGAUGAAACGUUUACCCUUAAUUAUCCAGAUCAACCUAUGGCCCUUGAUAAUAACCUAGUUUCAUGGAGCUCAAGCAUUUCUCGUUUUAAUGACACUAUACAGUUGUUCUCGAAGGGUUGGGAAUUUUGCGAAAAUAUUGAAUCCAGUUUGCUGCAUCUCAUGAAAAUGAGAAGGGGGAAUGGUGAAGUUUCCGCUCAGUUGAGGAGCCAGGUUUUGAAGAUAAUGUUACUGCUACCGCAACUGGUAGAGCGUCAUUCUAAAGAUAUUGUGCCAUUUCUGUUCAAUGAAGCGGAAUUGGAAGAGAUAUUCGAAGGACAAGAACAGGAACAGGUUAUUUUCAAGAGUGCUGCAACUUGGACUGAAGCAGACAGAAAUACUUUGUUGAAAGUUAUUGGCAAAUUCAAAAAUAUCAAGGCGAUAUAUAAAUCCAGUGAAGUUCAUGAAAGGUUUCUAGUAUUACUGGGAAGCAGAAACACAGAAGUUCAACGCUUGGCUUUAGAUGGUUUGUUGGCAUAUCGUGAUCCUACUAUUGUAAAAUACAGAGAUAAUCUAAAAAAUUUGUUAGAUGAUACCUUAUUCAACGAUGAAAUAACAAACAUGUUCACAAAUUCUAACUCGAGCAUUAUUCAAAAUGAUGAUGAUUUUAUCUUGAUGCCCUAUGUGAUUCGAAUUUUCUUUGGUAGAGCACAAACACCAAACACCAGUGGGGUCAAGAAAACUAGAAGAAACGCAGUUAUAUCCUCUCUACCAAGUUUCAGUGAUAUUUACAUUACUCAGUUUUUACAGCUAGGGUAUGACAAAAUCAACUAUAAAUAUUUCUUCGAGAAUGGAUAUAAAAUUGAGGAAGGUGAGUUCUCUUUGAUCACGAUGAGAAGAAUGCUGGGCUUUAUUAAUAUCCUAAAUUCCUCAUUGACAGUAUUAGGCUCUCGAUGCUCUCAUGUUAUAGUGUCGACUGUGAGGCCACUGCUGUAUUGUAUAGCAAUGUCAUACCACGAUUUGAAUAAACAGGAUAAAGAGGCACACAUGGCUAAAAUGGUCAGCAACCUAAGGCAGCAAGCCUUGAAGUGUUUGAACACAAUAUUUGAAAAUAGUGGUGAUCCUUCAACGCUUUUAGAAUAUCUCGAAGAAAUUUAUACCGUUGUUAUGAGUCCUCGAAUAGAAAAGUUUGAAAGCGAGAACUUGCAACAGGUAUCGUCCAUAAUGAAACUGAUUUCUUUCUGGUCAACCAAUCCGGACAUGUAUCCAUUCUUGUUUUGCGAUAACUAUUCUUGCCCCAGUGCUUUUAUGAAGCUGAUUUCAAACGAAAAUACUAAAGAUGAAGUAAUCGGCACUGUACUGGUUGCAGCUAACAAUAUUGUUUUGUCCCCUAUGAAUAAUGAUUCUUAUGUUGAACUUGUAACAAUUAUUGGUGCAUCUAGUUUGCAGCAUUUGCCGCGUCUGUUCCAGAAGCUAGUAAAUCCGGAAUAUGUUUCAAUUGCCACGGAGUUGCUACUUAACCUUAUUAAAUCAGGCUAUGUCCAGGACAACGAAACGCAAAGGUAUUUGGUGACGUCAUUGACGUCAAUCGUGCAGGAUCGCUUCAAAGGUAUCAACAAACAGGAAGUAGUAAAAGUGCUCAAGAUACUAUCUAUGUUACUUGGAGAGUAUACAUGUCCCUGGAAUGACAUUGAAGAUCUUUACAAAGCAAGUGCAAAACUAUACCAAACGUACGCAGACAGAAAAAUCAGGGAGCAGCUCAAUGAAGUUUUUCGAGGCUUUGCCAAUAAUUUUCCCGCCAUGAAGAAGGCAUCAGACUUUAUCAAUGACUUAAAUUCUUACUCGAGCAGUCGCAUGCAGGAAUACGAUUUUCCGAGAAUGCUCACAGCUUUUAAGUCAUUUAUCGAAAAAGACUACAUCGAAUAUACCGAAUUGGAAUGGCUCCCAGUGAUAUCCAACUGUCUCUUCUUUCUGAACGAUCCGGACGAAAUGGCAGUUAGAACGAACGCGUCACAUGCGCUUUUUAAACUAGUUGACUAUGUGAAUGUACAAGCUAAGGAAGGCCCAUCUCAAGCACGAUUGAGUUUGAUUCAGGAUGGUGUCCUGCCACAUAUACGUACUGGUUUGAGAAGGUACUCUGAAGAAAUUCAAAGUGAAUAUAUAUCUGUGCUUGCUUACAUUAUAACAAAUGGCAAACCCUUCAAAGAACUGCAUGAUAUGCAAGUUCUUUUGUUCGAUGGCGAUGAAGAAGCAAAUUUUUUUUCGAAUGUCAAUCACAUUCAGCUGCACCGUCGUCUAAGGGCAAUCAGGAGAUUAAGAGAAUUCGGCAAAGAUUUAUCAGGUAAUAGUAUCGCACAUUAUUUACUGCCUAUUAUCGAACAUUAUAUUUUCUCUGGAGAGGAAAAAUAUAGAAACAUUGGCAAUGAAGCAUUACUUACAGUAGGAGCUCUUUCUAACUAUAUGACAUGGAACCAAUACAAGGCCCUGUUCAGGCGGUACAUCUCUCUUCUGAAAUCAAAGACAGAUAACGUUAAAGAAGUGGUUGGCUUAAUAGCGCAAAUCUCAUUUUCUUUGAAAAAUACGAUGUGUUCAGUAAAAGAUACGAAUGAGGUACUAAAUGGUCUUAGAAAAUUUCCCACGAAAUCUGAGGAACCUCGAAAGUUUAUAACUAAUGAGAUUUUACCCACUUUAUCAAAAAUUUUAGACAUAAGAGACACAGAAACAAUUGUUGCCCGUAUACCUCUGGCGGAAGCUCUUGUAAAUUUAAUACUUGGUCUGAAAGAGGAAGACACAGUUUCUUUACUCCCUGGAAUAUUGACUAGUUUAUGUCAAGUUUUAAGAAGUAAGUCUGAAGAGCUUCGUGAUGCGACUAGGAAGUCACUCGCAAAAAUUACCAUUAGCUUGGGCUCUAAUUACUUGUCAUUCAUAAUAAAGGAAUUGACAUCCGCUUUGAAAAGAGGGUCUCAAAUCCAUGUUUUAAGUUAUACGGUCCAUUACGUGUUAACUACAUUAAGUGAGACACUAAACCAUUCAGAUUUGGACACAUCGGCCUCAAUGCUUGUGAAGAUAAUAAUGGAAGAUAUCUUUGGAAGUGCGGGCUUGGAAAAGGACUCUGACAACUAUAGCACAAAGGUGAAAGAAGUCAAAGUUAAUAAAAGCUACGACACAGCAGAAAUUUUGGCAUCUAACGUCACCUUGCCCGUUUUUGGUACUUUGAUUAAUCCUGUCAGGGCUUUGCUACAUGAGAGAAUCAACUUGAAGAGCCAAAAUAAACUGAACGAGCUUUUAAGAAGAUUCAGCUUAGGGUUGAAGAAAAAUUCGGAAGGAUCUUCCAUCAAUGCCCUAACUUUAUGUCAUGAAAUAUACUUACAAUCACAAAAUGAGCAAUUUAGAAAGGCUUAUGUCUCGUCAGCCAAAGUGGAUGAAAGUAAAGAGUUUUUUUUAGUGAAUCUGAAUGCUAAACUUUCUCGCGUCCAAAAUGAAACAACAACACUGGUCAAUACGACAUUGCAAAAAUUUGCAUUGGACUUGCUACAAGCGAUUUUGGUUAAGCAUAGGCAACUUUUGGAUGUAGCCUACCUAGAAGGUUUUGUUCCUCUUUUGAGAGAGUCUUUAGAUUCUGAUAACGAGGCAGUACUCUCCAGUGCUUUCAAACUUUUAGCAUUGUUUGUAAAACUAGACUUUUCCGAUGAUUCAGAGAGUGUUUUCAAAAAUUACGCAAGAAAAGUGUUGAAUAUUAUUAAGGAGUCACCAUCAACUGUCAGUGAGCUAUGUCAAUUGGGGCUUAAAUUUCUUGCGGCUAUUAUUCGUCACAAGGACAUCAAGCUUAAAGAGACAGCUUUGAGCUAUGUUUUAUCAAGAAUUCUCCCCGAUCUAAAUGAGCCCAACAAGCAAGGACUUGCAUUCAAUUUUUUGAAAGCAUUAGUAAGCAAGCAUAUCGUUCUGCCAGAAUUAUAUGAUGUUCUUGAUACUGUCAAAGAAAUAAUGGUCACUAAUCAUUCAAAAGAAAUACGGGACGUCUCAAGAAGUGUUUUUUACCAAUUUCUUAUGGAAUAUGAUCAAAGCAGAGGACGCCUGGAAAAGCAAUUCAAAUUCAUGGUCGAUAACUUACAGUAUCCUUCCCCAGAGGGUAGACAAUCUGUCAUGGAACUGAUCAAUCUUAUAACUACUAAAGCAAACUCUGCAUUGAUUACAAAAUUGUCCUCUUCACUUUUUGUUGGUCUUUCUAAUGUAGCCUUCAAUGAUGAUGCAUUUCGUUGCCAAGAAAUGGCUACUAUUUUACUGUCAAACUUACUGAAAAAGCUCAAUGAAUCAGACCUCGAUAUAAUACACAAAUACAUUAUCGCUUGGUUAUCCCAGUCUCAUGAUGUUUUGUUCUUAAGCCUUGGUCUUAGAAUUUUCAAAAUAUAUGUGACCAGCAUAGGUCUUGGUCACAACAGUACCUUGGAUGAACUAGCAUUGACGCGUGUCAAGUCUAUCAUUGGUCAGACUGACUCAGAUUCUGAAAGUCAAUGGGAGCUGGUUUAUUCUGCCUUGAGUUUGUUUGCUGUAUAUUGUCGAGACUCUGAAAUCAUUUAUCAGGAGAGUAUCAAGAGAACGUGGAGCAGUGUAAUAGAUUGUUUACUGUAUCCUCACCUCUGGGUACGUCAAGCAGCAGCACGACUUGCAAGUCAUCUGAUUUGCAAUGCUAGCAAAUUUAAGGUACCAUUUUCCGAUGAAGAAAUACAAAGGAUAGCAUACAAAAUUAUGCGCCAACUAAGUGCUCCCUCAAUUUCCGAAGAGCUCGCAUCUACUUCGGUAAAGACUUUAGUCACAAUUUGCAACUACUGGAAGCAAAAUAAUACGGCAUAUAUUCAAAAAAAUGAGAGAAGUAGUUUUGAAACAGCUUAUACUAAUCCCAUUGAUUUUGUGAUAACAAAAAUAAGUGCGAUAAUUCGAAGUGAAGAAAACCCUAUCGAUUCAUUCAUGUCAAAAAAGUCAUGCAUUCAACUGUUUGCCCUGCUCAUUCAGAUGCUGAAUGAGGAAGCUUUGAACGCGGAAGCUGAGAAGAUUAUUUUACCACUAUACGUAUAUGUGGAGUAUGACAACAGCAUCUCUUUAACGAAUCAACAACUAGAACUUCGCACUAUCUCCCAAGAAUGUUUGCAAAUCCUUGAAACGAAGAUGUCCAUUUCUGAUUUCACCACCGCAUAUGCCAACGUGAAGCAAAAUGUGAUGGAGAGAAGACGCCAACGUAAAGUAAAGCGGUCUAUACUUGCUGUGACAGAUCCUGAAGCAGCAGCACAACGGAAGUUGAGGAAACAUGCUAGAUCUAGGCAAACAAGGAAACACGAGAAAGACGAAAACGGCUACUAUCAAAGGAAGAAUAGAAAAAGUAGAAUGUGA